AAUACUUAAUGGGAGAUAAUAUAAGGCAGAACAAAUGCAAAGGUUAACAACUGACGAUCAAUUGACCGAGAAGAGCCUUGCAAGAAGUCCACAACUGCACGGCUCGGUGCCAAGAGGAAGAGCAGCGAACAAUCGUAGAAGGUGGACAUGUAUUCUUCCAACCGUCCCAACAAACAAGCCCACUAAAAAACACUGAUGCUUGCUUUCAAAGCACCAUGGAUUACUACACUAGCUGCUACACUGUAUAACAUUAAUUUAUUCAAGCAAGUCGAAAAUCUCGCGGUGUUACCAUUCAGACAUCUUGAAUUUUAUUAAAACCACUUUUUUUCCAUUAAAGAUACGUCAUAUAUAUUUUUUUUUAAAUCUAUCCGUCUCUCUCUCUCUCUCUCUAUAUAUAUAUUUAUAUAGACAGGCUUUGUUCGCUGCUUGAGUCCACAUUAUUUUCCCCUGCUUUAGCGGAUGUGUAGUUGGUGGCUAGACCGAGUCUCGCGUGCUAAUCCCGCGGAGGAGAGAGUCUCUCACGGGGGCUUUCGAGCCGUAUUGUGCGUCAUCUGCAUCGCCGCCGUUUUGUUAUUUUUCUCCGCUGAGGAAACAUGGCAACCCCGGCUGCGGUCAACCCGUCCGAAAUGGGCAGUGAGUUGCCAGGGACAGUUUCAAUGCCAGGAGCUGUUGGAUCUGGACCGGUGAGGAUGGGUGGAGCUGUCCCAGGUCGUGGGGGCAAGAGGAGAUCAGGAGGAAUGGACUUUGAUGAUGAAGAUGGAGAGGGGCCUAGCAAAUUUUCAAGGUAUGAUGAUGAUGAUCAGAAUUCUGGUGGGGAUAAGGAGAGAUAUGCCAGAGAGAACCACAGUGAGAUUGAGAGACGCCGGCGCAACAAAAUGACCCAAUACAUCACUGAGCUAUCGGACAUGGUCCCCACCUGCAGUGCUUUAGCUCGAAAACCCGAUAAGCUGACCAUCCUGCGUAUGGCUGUUUCCCAUAUGAAAUCCAUGAGGGGGACCGGCAACACAUCUACUGAUGGCGCCUAUAAGCCCUCCUUUCUCACGGAGCAGGAACUAAAGCACCUGAUCUUGGAGGCGGCGGAUGGCUUCCUGUUUGUGGUUGCUGCAGAGACCGGUCGGGUCAUCUAUGUUUCGGACUCAGUGACACCAGUGCUGAACCAGCCCCAGUCUGAGUGGUUUGGCAGCACUCUGUACGAGCAGGUCCACCCUGAUGAUGUGGACAAAUUGAGGGAACAGCUCAGCACUUCAGAAAACUCCAUGACAGGGCGAAUUCUGGACCUGAAGACGGGAACGGUGAAGAAGGAAGGACAACAGUCCUCCAUGAGAAUGUGCAUGGGCUCCCGACGCUCAUUCAUAUGCCGAAUGAGGCAGUCCAAAGACCAGGUCAAUCGGGAGGUGAGGUUGUCGACCAAACAUGAGCUCAUAGGAUGUGGCAGUGCUCCUCUGGAUCACAUCUCCUUAAACCGCCUGGCUAACAUGAGAAAGCGAUACAGGAAUGGCCUCGGGCCCUCAAAAGAAGGAGAGGCUCAGUACUCUGUGGUGCAUUGCACUGGCUACAUCAAAGCCUGGCCCCCUGCAGGUAUGACUAUACCAGAAGAAGACACAGAGGCGGGUCAGACUGGAAAGUACUGCCUAGUGGCUAUUGGAAGACUGCAGGUGACCAGCUCUCCAGUCUCAAUGGAUAUGAAUGGCCUGUCAGUUCCUACAGAGUUCCUGUCACGUCACAACUCUGAUGGUGUCAUCACUUUUGUGGACCCACGCUGCAUCAGUGUCAUUGGUUAUCAGCCUCAGGACCUGCUGGGGAAAGAUAUUCUGGAGUUCUGCCAUCCCGAAGACCAGAGCCACCUGAGAGAAAGUUUUCAGCAGGUGGUGAAAUUGAAGGGUCAGGUCCUGUCAGUGAUGUAUCGUUUCCGGAUGAAAAACAGGGAGUGGAUGCUGAUCCGAACCAGCAGUUUCACCUUUCAGAACCCAUACUCUGACGAGAUAGAGUACAUCAUCUGCACCAACACUAAUGUGAAGCAGCUACAACAGCAGCAGGCAGAGCUAGAGGUUCAACAGAGAGAUGGACUGACUGCCUAUGAUCUUUCCCAGGUACCUGUGGCCAGUGUUGGCAGUGGAGUUCAUGAGGCUGGGAAAAACAUCGACAAGACAGAAGGCCUGUUCUCCCAGGAGAGAGAUCCACGUUUUGCUGAGAUGUACACCAGCAUCUCCGGCUCGGGAGAUAAGAAGAUGAUGGUUCCCUCCUCUACAGCUGGAGGACAGCAGCUCUACUCCCAGAGUUCUCCCUUUCAGCAGGGACAUUCAGGCAAAACUUUCAGUUCUUCUGUGAUCCAUGUCCCUGGUGUGAACGACAUCCAGCCAUCAGGUUCAGCCAAUCAAAAUCUAGCUCAGAUCUCCAGACAGCUUAAUCCAGGCCAGGUAGCGUGGUCAGGGAACCGACCCCCCUUCUCUGGACAGUCCAGUAAAGCCCAGUCCAGUCCUUUUGGUAUUGGUUCUGGCCACAGCUACCAGACUGAUCCAGCCUCCUACAGUCCGCUGUCCUCCCCGGCCACUUCCUCCCCCAGUGGCAAUGCCUACUCAGGACUGACAAACCGCAGCACAGCUUUUGAUGUGUCCGGUGAAAGCAGUCAAAGUGGAGCCCAGUUCCAGGGUCGCCCCAGUGAGGUCUGGUCCCAGUGGCAGAAUCAGCAUCAUUCCCAGCAGACUGGGGAACAGCACACACACCCCAACCCUAGCCAGACAGAAGUCUUCCAGGACAUGUUACCCAUGGCUGGAGAUCCCACCCAGGGAACAGCCAACUAUAACAUCGAGGACUUUGCUGAUCUUGGGAUGUUCCCACCCUUCUCUGAGUAAUAUCCGCCUUUCUCCAUCUUGCUCCUGCUCAGAACUGGACUGAUGUAUGCAUUUAUCUCAUGUUCUGUCUCGUUUUUCUGUAUAGCUAAAUCACCAACACAGCCAUGUUAGUCACGAUGAAUGUCUGGGUGGACAUCGUCAUUUGCACACAUACAAACGUACAGUGCAUUGCUGGUGAGGCUCCAGGGUCUGCAGUAUGUACCAGUGAACAUACACAUACCUCAUCUCUGCAGAGAGGCGCCUCGUUGUCAGGCGUAAAGAACAAUACUCUGCUUUUUGUUGGCUCUCAAAAAGUGUCUAAAACUGCUUUCUGCAGUUAGCAUUAGCAAAACCAGAUUACAGGUAUACCUGUCAGAAGUGAUUGCUAUUAUAUUAGAUUUUAUACUUCCUAUCUUACAGACUUGUGUGUAAAUGGUCAUUACUGACACAAGCUUUAGCUGCAUCCAUGUGGAAGACUAAAAAGUGGACUGCGAUAACACUCGGUUAGCAAAGUCCGAGCACUCUUCUCAUUUCCCUUUUUUCUAACCGUAAGUAAUAAGCAAAGCAUCAAUCUGAUUUUGAGUACACUGCAUACCCGUUGACUUGUCAGCCACAAGUUAUUUGGCCAGGACACAUUUUUUCUUCCCUUUUUCACUCUUGUGAGGACCAUAAUUUACAAAAUCAGCAUCUUGUUGUGCUUGAUAUAACUUGAAAUUAUUAACUGAGACCAGAAUCUCACAGGGGAAGUGUUUAUGCUGAAUUGACAGAUCAAGGGAAAUGAAAGCCAUUUUCCCCUAGACGUCUACACAUUCUUACUUUGUUUUGUCAUCAGGGUGGUCACUCCGACUGUUGAUUAUUAGGGAAAAAAUGCAAGUGUCUGGCAUCUUUGCUCUGCCUCUGCGUUUAAGAUCCGCAGCCUGUAGUCAUCUUUUAUACAGUGUAUAAUGGUGACAGAGUUUCUACACCAGCGUAGCGGUAACUUUAACUGGGUCUGUUUGUCUCAGUUUUGUUAUAGCUUCCAUGUAUCACUACCUAACAUGACAGAAAAUGUUUUCAGUGCCGGACAAAUGGCAGAAUCAUAGGUUACAUAAAGGGUUGACGAUGUCCACCUCCAUCUGUCUGAAAUGGCCUCUUGCACAUCAUUACCGACUCUGCCAAACAGCAGCGGGAGAUGAGAUGCUCACCUCCAGUUGAUGCUGCAACCGCUCUCUCCAUCAACCUUAUUGUAUUACCUAUAUGUAGUGAUGUCGUAAUCUCUAGAAAGAAAACUUGAUGCGCCCAUAGAAGGAUUCUCUGUAUACAUGGAACAAAAUUUUUUACAAAAAUCUCAUUGCAGAAAGUUGCUAAGGCUUGAAGUGCACUUCAUGAAGCUAACUGCUAAUCACACCAGCCUGCUUUAAAAAGGGAAAAACCGCCAUACCGUCCUAGCAAAGCGCAGUAUAAACUAGUGUAUUCGGUGUUCUUCAGCUCUCGCUACUUGAAUUUAUUACUUUAUAAUCUUUUCAACAAUUAAGAGACUGACUAAAACUUUGUAGUGGGGGAGCUUUUACAUGCCAGAUUGUAUAA